CCCUCCCACUUGUUUAUAAGGCACAAUCCAGUCUUAGGCUCCUCAUCCUGAGUGGAAUAAUGGGUCUAUUGACAGCUAUAGCAAUUGCAGCCGGGGCAGGUGGAGCAGUGGUGUCUGCUCCUAUUGUCCUGGGGGCUGUAGGUUUCACUUCAGCUGGAAUAGCUGCAGGCUCCUACGCUGCAAGCAUGAUGUCUGCGGCUGCUGUGGCCAAUGGAGGAGGAGUGGCAGCAGGAAGUCUGGUGGCUGUUUUACAGUCAGCAGGUAUGGCAGGUCUGUCUGGGGCCGCCACCGCAGCCGUGGGCUCUGUUGGAGGGGCUGUGGGAUUUUUGGCUACUGUCAUCUGAGACCAGGAAAUUAUGAUAAUCAGAAAGAAAAAUAAUAAUAACAAAGAAUAUAAUUACUGUUGUUAGAAACAGUUGCCAAAAGUAUCAGCGUCAUGCUUCAGUAAAGCUUGGCUGAAAUGUGAGUGCUGGUAAUGCUGUGGUGUUAUACGAAACACAUGGACACGGUCAAAUUGUGCAACUUGUUAAAAACGUUGAUGGUCUGCCCAAAAUGAUUUCUGCUAUAUAAACUGUUGGAAAUAAAUUGCUGACAUUUAAUCUGUCAAACACAUCUGAAA